UUAUAUCACGUGCCUACCACCGGCGGCUCUGUUUCUCCGAUCCGAAGGUGGGCCCAAACAGGAAACUUUCAACCUCUCCAUUUUCGAUUCCAACAAAAUCUUUUUCCCCUCCACUUAACACCAACUCUUCCCUCUCUCUCUCCUCCCCCUUCACAGGACUUUCCAAUCCUUCUGUGGCUCUCAAUAUGACUUUCGGCACACUCUACGGUCUCUCUGACAACCCACGCACCACUGCGUGCCGGGUUGCAGCCAAGGCUAAUGACCUUGAAGUUAAACUCGUUGAGAAAUCAUCUAUCAGCCCUGCUGAGUACGAGAAGCACAAUCCUCUGAACAAGAUCCCCACCUUCGUGGGCGCCAAUGACUAUGUCUUGACUGAGUGCAUUGCCAUUGCCAUUUACCUCGCGUCCCAGAAUGAGAAGACCACCCUUCUAGGCAAGACAAAGCAGGACUAUGCUUCUAUCCUCCGCUGGAUGUCGUUCGCCAACAGUGAGCUCCUUCCAGCUCUUGGUGGCUGGUUCCGCCCUCUUGUUGGACGCGACCCAUACGACAAGGCUUCCGUUGAGGCCAGCUCUAAGGCUGCUCUCAGUGCCCUUGCCGUUCUCGAGAAGCACCUGACCGUUAACACUUAUCUGGUUGGCGAACGUAUUACUCUUGCUGAUCUCUUUGCUGCUUCGAUGACUUCUCGUGGCUUCGAAUUUGUUCUUGGCAAGACCUGGCGAUUGGAUAACCCAGCCGUUACCAGAUGGUAUGAGACCAUCGUUAACCAAGCCGUUUACAAAGCUGUCGUUCCCAACCCAACUUUCAUUGAAGAGGGCUUGGAGAACGUCCCCCCAAAGCCCAAGGCACUGGAGCCUGAAGAAGAGCCCAAACCAGCCCCAAAGCCCGCCAAGCACCCUCUUGAGAGCCUACCCAAGCCAUCUAUGAUCCUUGAUGACUGGAAACGCAAGUACUCCAACGAGGACACCCGGUCCGUUGCCAUGCCAUGGUUCUGGGAGCACUACAAGCCCGAGGAAUAUUCCUUGUGGAAGAUGGAAUACAAGUAUCCCGAGGAACUCAAGCUAACUUUUAUGUCCAACAACUUAGUUGGUGGCUUCUUUACCCGUCUUGAGGCCUCCCGCAAGUUCGUUUUCGGCGCUGCCUCCGUUUACGGAACGAACUACGACAACGCAAUCGUAGGCGCCUUUGUCAUCCGCGGCCAAGACGCUGCAGCUGCUUUCGACGUCGCUCCCGACUGGGAAAGCUACUCUUUCACCAAGCUGGAUUCCAGCAAAGAAGAGGACCGCAAGUUUGUUGAGGACCAGUGGGCCCAGGACGUUUCCAUCACCAUCAACGGCAAGGAAUACCCCUCCGCUGAUGGCCGUGUCUGCAAAUAAAGAGUGAGCGGAUUGAUUCCCACGUCGAUUACGUGUUGCCACGAUUCCCUCCCCCUGCCUCAACCCUAUCUCUUUUACCUCCCGCACACGUUUUUACAGGAUGCUUUCCACAGCACUAUUAUAAUUUUCUUCCUCUCCUUCCAACAACAUGAGGAGCAGCGGUUGACGAUAUCGCACAAUGAAGUAAUGUGACAAUGAUUCGAUUUAGUGUAGUUAAAGAGAAAAGGAGUACAAAUUUCAUCCAAAAAAAAAAAAAAAAAAAAAAAAAAAAAAUGAUGAUAAUAGGUCUUUCAUCCAACUAUAGAAGUAGCAUGAAUUCAUUCGUAGCGUAAUAUAAUCCUGAAUAUGACGUUGGCCGGCGAUGUGAUGGAGCGUUUAUCAUCGACUACAUAAUGUCCCCCUCCAGCAACAAUAAAAUGAAAUGAAAAAAAAAUAAAAAUAAAAAUAAACAUAAAUAAAACAUGCUAGACAAAAAGAAAUAAAAAACAAACUACUCAACCACCCUCCUCCCCCACGGCAUCUCUUUUCUCUCCUUCCCAGCAACCUUCUUUCGCCUCCUCUCCAACGCCCUCUGCUUCUCUUUCCCACUCAUCUCCGUAAACCUCUUCGCAACGGCCUCCUUCUUUACCUCUCCCCUCUUCAAAAAGUACGGCUUACUCUUCUUUCCCUCGCGUAUCAACUCCCUCUCCUUCCGUCGAUGCUGUACUAGCACCUCCCUUUCCAUCUCCUUCCGCUCAAACGUGCGCUGUCGAUCACUCAUAGAGGUAAUCUGGCGCUUGAGGCGCGCGAGCUCGCGCUCAUCAUAGUUUGUCUUAUGUUUCUUGGUUUGUAACGUUGAGACCUGCUUGCGCAGCUGCGCAAUCUCGUCUUUGCGGUAGCUGUCAAGGAAGGCGUAGUUUUUGCGGGCGUGGAUGGCGGCGUUACUUGCGGUGGACGAAUUGCCGUUUGUGCUGUGGCUUAGGACGACAGAGUCGAAGCGCGGGUCACGGGCUUUGGGAACUGGGGGUGGUUCGAGGAUGGUGCGUUUGCGGGAGACGGCAUGGCGGGAGGAUUGGAUUGUGGGAGCGUGUUUGGAGGUUCGGUGGGUGAGCUUUUGAGGCGGUUUUUUGGCGUUGGCGGCGAGGUGUUUUUGGUAUUCGGAUAGUUCUGGUUCUGGUUCUUGUUUUUCUCCACUGGAUGAGGCAGAAGGAGUAGGCGAGUGUCGGCCAGGAACUUUCGCUCUUUUGGGCGAGAUGCCCCCUGUUGAGGCGGUUGGCCGCUUUCGCUUUCCGAGGGAUGCUUGGGCCUUUGCGAGGGCGCCGAAGGAGAUGGCGUUUAGCGAGGGGUUUAUGUCGGAGGAGGAGUCCUCUACAUCCCCAUCAUCGUCAUCAUCUUCUUCUCCUUCGUCAUCGUCCUCCUCGCUAUGAUCUUCAGCGCUAUUUUCUUCCUCCUCUUCUUCGUCCUCAACAGAUUCGCCUCCCUCUAACCCUUCAUCUGAGGUAGACUCGCCCGAGAAUUGCUCAAACUCGUCCUCUUCUAGCCGAGCUCUUACCCGCUGAUUGAAUUUACUUGAAAUCGGCAUGUUGAGAUCUUGCAGGAUUUGUAAGUAC